GAUGGUAAUUUUUGCUGGCGAACAGAGAAAGUUGUCGAGAGCAUACCACAACUACCAUCGUGCGACGCUGCAACGAGUUGAAAUCGCGAGCGAGAAAAGGAUUCCCAUUGUUGAACUCAUUAAUUGUCUUCGAAGCAGGCGAAAGGUUGGGGAAGACGACUUAAUCACGUGGUGAUAUUUUUCGCUGAAGACGAAGACAAUGUCUUUUUCAGUUGCGUUUUUUCACAUGGGAAAAUUCGAGUCAUUUAGGGGGAGGUUUUUGCGCUACAAUGGAGGGGAAGAACACAUAUUUCACGGGUUGGAUCUUGAUAGAUGGUCCUAUUUCGAGGCUUUGUCUAUUUUAAAGAAGGAGUUCAAAUACAAUGGGGCGAUGAAGCUGUGGUGGAAGCCAAAGAGAGGUCGAAUGGAUAGGGAUUUAAGGCCUUUCGUCUCAGACAAUGAUGCACUGCAAUUGUGUGCGUAUGCUGAUAAAAAGAAAGAGGAAGUCCAGAUUUAUGUAGAGCAUGUGGUUAGUGCAGCGCAACCUAUUGAGUUUAUUGAAUGGACACAAACUACUGGUGAGGUUGGUGGUGAAGAGGGUCCUGAUGUUAAUUCUGUGGCUGAGGUUCAGGAUGUUGGGAAGGGAGAUGCAAAAGUGGAGGCUGAGGUUAUUGUAGAAGAAGUUAGGGUUGCUGAUAAAGGGGAUGCGACAGUGGAAGAAGUUCAGGUUGCUAACAAAGAGGAUGCAAUAAUGGAGGAUGGAAGAGUGGAAAAUGAGAAUUCUGUUGGUGAAAAUAGGGAUGCCGAGAAUGCUGAGGCUGGUGAUGUGGAAGAGCAGAGUGAUAUUGAUGUUGAAGAGUUGGAUGAAGUGAAGAAGAACGUCAUAGAGAUGACGAUGAUGGUUUUGGAUCCACUAACACAUCACGCAGAAACAUUACACAGCUACUUGAGAGGUGGCAAAAUUUUCAUAAAGAAAGGAGAAAAAGGAAGCCUUCGGCUAGUGCAAGUGCAGGUGCUUUUGAAACAAAUGCAAUAGGUCAUAAUCAUAACAUAGAUGCCACAUAUAGUACUGAUGAAUUAGACAGUGAUAUUGAAUGUGAAGGAGAACCUGUGCACAAGUAUGCCACUUUUCAAAGUGAAGAUAUGUGAAAAGACUUUAAAUUCAAAGUGGGGAUGGUGUUAUGCUCACUUAAGGAGUUUAAACAAGCUGUUAAGGAGUAUUUUGUACUCAAUGGCAGAGAGAUAAUGUUUGUUAAAAAUGAUGACAUAAGAGUUAUGGCAGUUUGCAAGAAGAAAUGUGGAUUUGUGAUUUUGUGUAGUAAAGUAGGAGGAAGCCAUACAUUUAGGGUGAAGACAUUGGUUGAUGGUCAUAGUUGUGGGAGAGUAUUUGGGAAUCAAAAUGCAAAUAAAGAUUGGGUUUCUAAGGUGAUUGCUGAGAAAUUUAGAAAUGUAGGCAAGAUGACUGCAAACGUUAUCAUUGAUGACAUCAAGAAGACUUAUAGUGUGGGGAUCACUAUGUGGAGGGCAAUAAAAGGAAAACAACUGGCCAUGGAUGUCAUAGAGGGUGAUGGGCAGAAACAAUAUACCUUACUUUAUGACUACGCAGCAGAGUUGAAAAGGGUGUCUGCUAGAACAACAAUCAAAAUAAAAGUGAAUCAACCACAACCAACUUUGCAGCCAUGUUUUGGGGCUUUUUACAUGUGCUUGGAGGGUUGCAAGGAAGGUUUCAUAAAUGGUUGCAGACCAUUCAUUGGUGUUGAUGGGUGUCACCUGAAAAGUACUUAUGGAGGACAUUUAUUAGUGGUUGUUGCAAGGGACCCAAAUGACCAGUAUUUUCCUCUGGCUUUUGCGGUGGUGGAAAAUGAGUGCAAGGAGAGCUGGAGAUGGUUUCUGAGUUUGUUUUGGAUGAUAUCGGGGAUGUGCAAUCCAAUCGGUGGGUGUUCAUUUCUGACCAACAAAAGGAACUAAUGCAAGUAUUUGAUGAGAUCCUUCAUGGAGUUGAACACAGAUUUUGCCUAAGGCAUUUAUACAACAACUACAAGAAAAAAUUUGGAGGAGGAGUUGUCAUACGCAAACUAAUGAUGGGAGCUGCCAAAGCAACAUACUACCAAGCAUGGGAAUCAAAAAUGGAGGAAUUAAAGAAGAUUAAUGUUGCGGCAUAUGACUGGUUAGUAGCUAUUCCACGCCAAUCAUGGUGCAAGCAUGCAUUUAGUGUAUACCCUAGGUGUGAUGUGCUUAUGAAUAACCUGUCAGAAUCAUUUAACAGCACAAUUCUGUUAGCUAGGGAUAAACCCAUACUUACUAUGAUGGAGUGGAUAAGGUGCUAUUUAAUGAGUAGAUUUGCACACCUAAGAGAAAAGUUUGCUGCAUAUGCUGGAGUUGUUAUGCCUAAGCCAAAUAAAAGGCUAGAUAGGGAAGUUGAAAAAAGUGGUAACUGGAUUGCUGUUUGGACUGGGGAUUCUGUUUUUGAAGUUACCCAAGGGUUUACCAUGGAGAAAUUUGUUGUUGAUCUAGCAAAUUGUAGGUGUUCAUGUUAUUUUUGGGAAUUAGUGGGAAUACCUUGCAGACAUGCCAUUGCUGAAAUAAAUUACAAAUUAGAACAACCACAAAAUUAUGUCCACCGUUACUAUAAGAUAGAGGCUUACGAAGCUUGCUAUGGGCCAAAAAUUACACCUAUCAAUGAACAAGAGUUAUGGUCAAGAACAAAUUCAACACCAUUAUUGCCACCAUUAUUUAAGGCUCCUCCAGAGAGGCCAAAGAAAUUACGAAGAAGGGAGGCAGAUGAGAACGUGAGUCACUCAAAAGCAGGGAGAAAACCAAUGAAGAUGAAAUGCAACAAAUGUAAGCAAUAUGGACAUAAUAGUAGAGGUUGUAGAGCUGGAAAAACACAGGGGAAAAAGAACCAGAAAAAGAACAAAAAUGUUGCAAGUGAAGGUACCAGUGCAUCUAGAAUGAGAACCAACAAGAGGUUGAGAUCUUCCAGCACCACCACAUCACAGCCAUUAACUAGCAGGGGAGGAAAGAGGUCUAAGAAAGCUGUAGCGGCCAAGACAGUUUUAGGGUCACAAGCCAGUACCAACAACGCCUCAUGACAGCCCAUGUGACCUAGUUUAGGAGCUGUAUAAUUUUGGGACCUGUGUUAUUUUGGGAGUUAUUUAAUACUGAAUGCUAUUGGAAGACGUGUUAUUUUGGUUGUACCAAACUUUGAA